AUGAAGCUCUCAAGGUUCUUCUUUUGCUGGGUCUCUUGGGCUUCUCUGCUGCUGGCUUGCAUCGGCCCCAGCGUGUCUGGUGGAACACGGAGCAACAUUGUGGAUGCCCAGUGCUCCGUGUAUCAUAUCCACAAGUACAAGCUUCAAAGGAAUCCUGAACCGGCAUUUGGUCUGCCCGUGGGGGAGCAAGGUAUCCCGCAAGUCUAUAAAGUUGAGGAGAUGCGGUGUGAUGGGACGAAAACUCGCGAGCAAUCUGAUUACGAGCUGAUCCCUACGAAUCCGUCACAUAGCAAUCGAUCCGUACCUGCCGAACUUCACGCAGAUUCUGCCAGAUACCCGACACUACUCCGGGCGCGACUAAUUAUCAAGCACCUCAUAGCUCCUGGCUACCUUACUUCAGAAGUUGAGGAUGGCAACCCGCCUGGAUAUCUCUCUAAGAUACCACCUAUCUUGCGGGGCGCCAAGUCAGCCAAGAAUUUUCCUUUUCCUCUCUUUGUUUCUUCAAGCCCACAGGCAAUUUGGUACACUUUGCUUCGCUUCCUCCUCGUCAAGCUCCAGCACUUGGAACAAUUUUGUCACCCCGUUACAACUGAAGGGAACCGAUCAACCGAAGCCACGAGCUACGGUAGCACUCAGAGGUCGGUACCAUACAACAUAGUCCGUCUCUCUGUGGCUUGGACUAUCUCCCAGCUGUAUCCUUACGAUGAUAAAUGGAACACAUUGGCGGUUUCUAUUUACCCAACUUGCUCUCAAACUUUGACGUCUACACUAGAAGCACAGGACACACUGCAAGGUACCAACCAUAUGUCAGGUUUGCAUCCUAAGGUCGUCCAAUGA